CUCCCUCUACUCCCUCCCUUGUCGGCGGUCUGGCUUCUUGCCCGGCUUUACAAUCUGGGAAAGGACAGAAGAGCAGAUCACUGCUUAUAGCUGAGCACAAAGGAACCACAGAAGCCUCCACAUCCUUCAAUGAGAAGAAAGAAGCCAGCAGAGCAGGAUUAAUGCAAGCUUGUUUCUGGUGGCCUUUUGGUACAAAGGCUGCCUUGGAAGAGAAUAAAGAAAGAAAGAAACACCAUGAUAUUUAAUGAGCUGUGAAAUGAAGCACAGUUUCUGCUGCUGCUACCGCCACCACCAUCAGUGCUCCUAACCCUCACAUUCCAAAAUUCAUCUGCUAUUCAUUGUGCUUAAUAUACAUGUUUCUGUACCGUGCAUUUAGAAGAUUCCAGAAAGGAGUUCAAAACGGCUGCUGGGGAAAGGCCACCAAACAUGCCUACAGAAACACUACAGACAGGUAGCAUGGUCAAACCUGUCAGCCCUGCCAUCACUUUCACUUCCGCUGUCCCUCUUCGCAUUUUGAACAAAGGACCUGACUAUUUCCGCAGGCAAGCAGAGCCUAAUCCAAAAAGACUUAGUGCGGUAGAGAGGCUGGAAGCUGACAAGGCAAAAUAUGUGAAGAGCCAAGAGGUCAUCAAUGCCAAGCAAGAGCCUGUGAAGCCAGCAGUGCUUGCCAAGCCACCAGUAUGUCCUGCAGCUAAGCGAGCCUUGGGCAGCCCUACCUUGAAAGUGUUCAACAAUAAUGUAAAGACUGAGAGUGGGGUCCAGAGAGAGAAUCUAAAGCUAGAGAUUUUGAAAAAUAUCAUCAACAGCUCAGAGGGCUCCAGUUCAGGUUCAGGUCACAAACAUAGUUCACGAAACUGGCCUCCCCACAGAUCAGAUUCAGGAGACCUAAACCGGCACUCCUUUGCAGAAUCCUUAAAGGUAUUCCCAACACAAGGCCGUAGCAGUCCUCAAGAAAGCAACUCCAGCGUGAGCAGAAGACUACUGGAACAGUCGCCAGAGUCAUUCCUGCAUGUUUCCCACAGCUCAUCAGACAUUAGAAAAGUAUCUAGUGGUAAACCCUUAAAAGCAAUACCAUGCAGUAGUUCAGCUCCACCUCUGCCUCCCAAACCCAAAAUCACCGCCAUCACUACUUUGAAAUCACCGGAGAUGGACAUGGUUGAGCCCAGUUGUGGCGUCAGCAGAAGACCUUCACUCCAGCGCUCAAAGUCAGACUUAAGUGACAGAUACUUUCGUGUUGAUGCAGACGUUGAAAGAUUCUUUAACUACUGUGGACUGGAUCCUGAAGAGCUUGAAAAUCUUGGGAUGGAAAAUUUUGCAAGGGCUAACUCUGAUAUUAUCUCGCUCAAUUUUCGCAGUGCAAGUAUGAUCAGUUCAGAUUGUGAACAGUCUCAGGACAGCAACAGUGACCUUAGAAACGAUGAUAGUGCCAAUGACCGCGUGCCAUAUGGUAUUUCUGCAAUUGAAAGAAAUGCCAGAAUCAUCAAGUGGUUAUACAGCAUCAAGCAAGCUAGAGAGUCACAGAAAGUGUCCCAUGUGUAAGUAAAUGCACAGGGGAACAGGCAAGGACUGUAUCUUUGUGAAUAUUCAGUUGUGAAGGGUUGUGAAGUCUACUUGAAGUCUUAAUACACUUCUCAGAUCUCUUUUUGUGUUGCUUGUUGUGCAAUGUUUUCAAGUUGCAUGCCUGUCAACAUGUGAACUGACCUGGCUUCCACUUGAACAAUAAUUAGCUACAGAGCCUGGCUGAGCAUACACACAUUAUCUGCCAAAAGUUUAAGACCAGAAUCCAAAUAGGGCUUUGUUUAUAAACAAAUAUGUUUACAUUAAAUGGCUGUACGGCUUCUUUUUAAUAUUUCUGUAGUUCCUUGUUGGUUUUUUAAAAAUAAUCUCACAAUGUUUGUGUCUUAAUUGCAGGUAUAGUUAAUAGACACAGGUAUCUUUUCAGCUUCAAUUGAAAUAAAUUUUGGAGGCAAAAAAGGAACAUUGCCAAAGUAAGAGAUAUUGGGUUGAUCCAAUGUACUGUUAGCCCAGCUCUGACAAUGGAAUAGAAAUUUCUCACCUUUCCCCUCCUGCUGCAGCCCAUAGAGCUUCUCAAAAUGCUAUUCGUGGGGCACAGAGUACCCUUAAGAACAGCACGGGGAGCAAAGUGGGAAGGUCUGCAAUGGAGAAAUUAGUGAACAUUGUCCUCCUCUGCUGCUGGUGGAAGUGCCUUAUGCCAGCAGAAAAUGGCCUUUGGCUCAAACCAGUAGUCUAAAACCUUAUCUGCUAUCACCAGAAAAUGAUUUAAAGUAUCUGUACAUAAAGUACCUAAGAUGCAAUCUUUUGAAACAAGAUGUUCACCUUUUAAAGAAGUAGCCAGGAUUUUCUAGUUUUAAAGGUUCCAUUAGAACCCUUUUUAUAAUCCUUUUUAGAUUAAGGUUUUCUGUGGGGGUAAAGGUUCCUGCACACUAAACCUUCCUCAAAAAAGGACUCAAAAGUGUAUAAGCUACUCUUGCGGGUGAUUGGUGAACAAUGGACUACAAUGGUUCCACCAAUCACAAUGUUAUUAGAAGAGGCCAAAAAAAUAACAAGUGAAAGAUGGGUUGAUUUUGAAAGGAAGGUUCCUUGUCUUAAACUUUUGACAGGAAUGGUUAGAUCCUAUUUGUUGAUCUUGAAUGCCUUUUAAAUGAGACAAAGCACAUCAUGAUUACAAGCUCCUGCUGCUGACUACGUUUUUGUAGACCUGUUGAGCAGUUCAUGAACUGAAAAUGGAAGUACACAGCCAUAUCAGUAUAAGAGCCUCUUUCUUACCCGGACAUGAAACACACUCAGUAUAACUGAAGUAUAUCAGAGAAUUGUGAUAAUGUUGUCUUAAAUAUGUUAUAUCUUAAGGCUGUGGAAGUUUGUUACAGCUCUAGGAAACUGUAGAGACAUGACAGUAUGUAGCUCUUUUUUUUUUUUGCCCCUUCUCUUCCUGCCCCCUUCCUAUGGUGUUUAGUGCUGCACGUCAAUUUGUUACACAUUUUUUGACAACCUUGUGUCUUCCCUAUGGUUUAACUGUCAUGUCAAAGUGACAGUUGUGGUGCGUAGCGGAAAAGUUGAAAGUGCAGUGGUUUGCUUCAUUAUUAUUAUAUUCAUGCUUUGAAGUACUUUGCAGCACUAUCUAAUAUUUCAUCAGCUAAUAGGAAACUUUUUAUUGUGUAAAUGCUGUAAGACUUUGUACAUAUUUCAGUUCUUAUGAGAUCUUUAAAAAAGAGAGUGUUACGCUA